AUGAGUACCACGGGGCCAGACAAUAGGCCCACUGAGCCAGAGAGCUUGGUUCUUGAGGCCUGGGGUCAGGGCAUGAUGGUUGGCGCGUUGGUAGUCAUGGCAGCGUUGACGAUGGCCAAUAUGCGAAAGGGCGUGCUAUUGCACAAGCUAAUUCUAGCGGAGUUAAUCCUCGGCAUGGGCCAUGGAACCUGGAUCUUCACCACCUUCCCAGUCUACGGUUGGCUCCUAUCAGUGACCGCAAUGCUACUCUUUUGCUCCUGGUCACUGCACAAUGUCAUCGCAUGGAUGAAGAAUCGGCCGUUCUUGUCGCGCCGUGUGUCGGCGAUUUAUAUCGGUACUGUGAUUUUUGUUCAACCAUAUUGGAUCGUGGAGCUGUACGCUAUUUUCUGUUAUUUCAACAACAUCGGCAAUACUGAGAUGUUUCCCAAAUUAAGGCCGUGGGAGCCUUUAUUUCGUGAUCCGUGGUGGUUGUUUACGUCCUGUUCACUUCUAUACAUCAUCAAGAAAGAAUACGAUUUUGGCUUAAUAGAGCUCAUCCGCAUCAGCCCUCGGUUCGGCGUUAUGCUGUUUUCAAUGUGUGCGUCACUAAUAUUUGUUGUCUUUGACAUUUUGAGCGUAACAGGCGUGAUACAUCUGGGUCUUGCUACGGGUGUGGAGCCCUUCUGGAAGUUAUCAUUUAUCUUCAAAUGUCUCAGCGACAUUGUCAUUCUAGACGACUUCAAAACCGCCCUUGACCGCAUACGAAAGUAUUGGAUGAGACGCAUUGAUUCGUCCCGCAGCUUUACCGGCGGAGAUGGAGAUGAACAUCCAAGUCAAGGAAGUCGAGAAAGCCGCGGUAGUCGUGGUGGCAAAUUGUCAGAAGUCUCAAAGGAUCUUGAGUCAGGCAUUGCGCUUCCGCCGUUGAAAUACCCGAGCGUUGCGGCGACGGCGAAUAACGAGCUUGGUCAUUCAUCGCAGCCAGGUUUGCCUGUGCUUGGUGCGAGUACUGGUUCAGCGGUUGAAUCGACGCUGCAUCCUCUGGCGACAUAUCCGACUGGAGACGGUUCGGACAGUUUUCACGGGUGGUUACGAUCGAGUAUUUAG